CUUUCAACUAGAACGAGCAUUAUCGUUGGCCUCGUAGUCGCCAUUCUCGCCUGUCUGGCCGGAUGGGUUUUUUCACCUAAAGGCGAAACUCAAACAAUUUGGCGCAGCACUCUGAUUCUCUCCUUUUCAAGCUGUUAUAUAAUGUGGGCAAUCACUUUUCUUGCUCAAUGGCACCCGCUUAUUGUGCCUCGGCGCGGUGGAUUGAGGGAAUCAGCUAUUCAUGAAUAA